GAUGGCAUUGCGGGGAGAUUAGUUGCCCGUGGCUACAAAGAUUUGUGGCGGGUGACUAAUCUCCCUGUGUGCCACUGCCGACUCAGACCGUCAGCAGCCCAUGUAUGUCCACCUUUAUUUAAAACUAGAAUUUAAUUCUCAUUUCCUUUCUCUCAAACAGUAACUAUAAGAACACUGCUUACUGUAUACAAUACACUCCUUGCAUAUGAUGAUGUUUGUGUCAGUGUGUGCCUCCACAUUUGUCUGGGCAAUUCUCUGUAGAUGUCAGCAGAACAGCACAAGCUAUUUAUAUAAGUUAUGUCUAAUAGCUGCUUCUUCACCCACCAAAUAGAAGUAAUUCAAAUGGGCUGUAAUUAUUGGUAAGUCUCUGGCAUUUAAAAUUGGAAUAAAAGACAGGAACAUCUCAGUGAGAAGCUAUUCUACAUGUGGUGCCGCUGGCUGGAGGGAGAAAGCAGCCUCCAUCAUGGGAAGCAUGGCAUUUUAAGCUUUUUUAAUAGGACUAUCAUAUUCAUUUAGGUUCUGACCUCGAGCUUUCAAGAAUUCAAUACUAAUACUUUUGAGGGAAGUGAUUUUUUUGAAUAUUGACACCGCAAAUGCUGUAUUCUUCAGUUGUCUAAAUGUGAAAAUAGGAAUUUAAAACAGUUAAGAGAGAACAUUUAAGUAAAUGGCAAAAGUACUUAGAAGAAAUUUGAGUAAGUCAAUUUAUUAAUUGGUUUGUCACAAAACAAAAACUGUUACAAACCCUUUAAGUAGAACACUGGGUGGUGUGUAGGUUGCUUAUUUACACUGCAUUUUUUUUUCUCUCUCUUACCUAUAAGGGUGAUGGCACAUGGGUUGCUUUGAUUUGUUCUACCUGUUGCAAUUACCGCUCACACCAGUACAACAGUAUUUUCAGAGGGGUUUCCCAUAGGCGACAAAGCAUCCCUUGUGCCGUCCCCUAAAGGCUGUAAAAACAGCGCAGCGUAAAUGUGACUGCGCUAUAAAAAUAAAGGCUAUGAUAUAUAAAUCCCUGGGAGGUGGAGUAGACCCUAUUCACUUUACAAAAUAAACUGUAAUAUAUUUCUGAGAAACUUAGUUUUGUGACAUGGUUGAUUACUGUUGCAUCAUGUAUUUAUAGAGCACCAACCUACUCUUUACAAGUUUUUAGAGAUAGAUCAUCAUCUAUGUAGCAUUACAGUGUACUUAUUUCUCUGGCCAUUUAUUAACUUCAUUCAUUUAGUCACCCUUUUAGGAAAAGUAAUUUUAUGAGUAGGUGCCAGUUUGAAAGGCAGCCCCCAGUAACCAUAGUCUUUAAACCUUUUAUGCCAGGCUGGUGUGUCAUUUCAUAAAUAACUAACCAGCCCAGGAUACUUUGCAGCAUUGGAGUCUCUCCAGGUGUCUUUUGUGUGGCUUGAGUUGGUCACAUGUCCAUGGUAUAAAUACUUCUAAAUACUUUGUACUUCUGUUUGUCAAUGCCCUUCAGCCAUAUAUGAAUGCUGUCAUUACUGGGAUGAAUAAUGUCUCUUUAGAUUGUAAGCUCUAAGGGGUAGGGACCGACCCCUCCAUCUUCGUCUCUAUUUAAUGUGUGCAUAUUGUUACUGUAUUGUUUGUGCAGCACUGGUACUAAUAAAAACUAUAUACAUAAUAUUGUCUUGUCUGUGUUUAUGAAAAGCAGGCCUGGGGCAAACUGUUUAGUUAGAAUUCGUGUAGAAGGCGUCUCUCUGUGGGGAGAGCUGUAGUUGAAGAGGUGCUGCAGGUUGGCUGGGUAAGGGUGAGCGGGUAGCUAGGGCUGGCAGUAGGGCAGGGGGAGUUGCCCCACACGGUGUGUGUGUAGCUAGGGCUGGCGGUGUGUGUGUGUGAGUGACGGGGAAGCGUUAUUGGCUGGAGCCGCAGAGCUGUGAGCAUGGAGAGUGCGGCCCGUGACGUAGCACAGUGCCCCGGAUCCCCUUGGCUGGCGGUAGUGCAGCCAUGCAUGAGUCCGGGGGAUGCUACCAAUUAGCUGCUGAGUACAGGAGCUGCGAGCAGGGGCCCGGCAGCGGUGGGAGUGGGACGGGAUGUCAGUGAGUGAGAGAGAAUUCCAGGCCCCGAUCUGAGCGAGCGUAGCGGCAUGUCCGUGUGUAUGCGCAGGCUGAUAACCAGCACUCGGGGCUUCCUAUGGUCCGAUGUAGAGACCCGUGCCUUGUUGGACAUAUGGGGGGAGGCUGACGUGCAGUCGGCGCUCGACGGAAAUUUCCGGAACAGCCAUGUGUACCGGGACGUGGCGGGGCGCCUAGGGGAGCUGGGCUUUGAGCGCACCCCGGAGCAAUGCCGGAUUCGGAUCAAGGGCCUGAAGCGCCAGUACUACCAGGCCCGGGAGGGGCUCAGGAAGAAUGGGCAGGCGCGAAAGAUCUGCCGCUACUAUGAUGAGAUGGAUCGGAUCCUCCGCGCCCGGCCUGCCCCUGCCUCAAGCGGAGAUCCGGCCGCUUCCUGUGGGGCUCUGCCCGAUCUGCAUGGGGUUCAUCUACUCCAACCAGAUCCAACCUGCGCAGAGGACUGUUCCAGGGAGCUAAGGGAGGAGGACUUCGAGGAGAUUGAGGAGGAGGAGGAACAGGCCGGCUCGGGGGGGCCCGAGUCUCCCCAGGACAACUUCACUGAGGAUUCAGGAGAGGGCUCUUCCUGUUACACAGAGCACCCAAUCAAAGUGGAACAUGGCUCCGGCUUCGCUAUCCCACUGCCCCCCAACGACGUUCUAGAGAGGCCCUUCUCUCUACGUCCCACACGCCCUGCAAAGGACAUGGAGAAUAUAUUCCAGCUGGUACGGAAUGUCAUCCCUCCAAUGACCUCCAAAAAACACAAAGGACAGGAUGGCAAGAUAGGCAUCAUUGGGGGCUGCAAAGAGUAUACUGGAGCUCCAUAUUUUGCAGCCAUUACAGCCCUUAAAGUGGGUGCAGAUUUGUCCCAGGUAUUUUGUACCAAAGAUGCAGCAACUGUGAUAAAGUCAUACAGUCCGGAGCUGAUCGUUCACCCAGUUCUUGACCAUCCCAAUGCAGUAUCCGAGGUAGACAAAUGGCUUCCACGGCUGCAUACAUUAGUCAUAGGACCAGGAAUGGGUCGAGAAGAUGCUAUACUGGAUAACGCUAAGGGGAUUAUUGAGAAAGCUAAAUCCAAAGGGCUUCCUAUUGUGAUUGAUGCAGAUGGACUUUGGCUCAUUGCUCAGCAACCAUCAAUUAUUCAGGGAUACCAGCGAGCUGUUCUCACCCCAAAUUUUAUGGAGUUCAGUAGGCUAUACGAAGCUAUGCUUUCAGAACCUGUGGAAACCAGUGACCAACAUGGAAGUGUUUUAAGACUCAGCCAAGCAAUGGGGAAUAUAACUAUUAUUCAGAAAGGAGAACGUGACCUUAUUUCAGAUGGAGACAAAGUAUUAGUGUGCAGUCAUGAGGGCAGCAGCCGCCGCUGUGGAGGACAGGGAGAUCUAUUGGCUGGCUCAUUAGGAGUACUGGUACACUGGGCACUUCUGGCAGGACCAGAGAAGAUCAAUGCUCAAAAUCCUUUUCUGGUGGCAGCCUUUGGAGCCUGCUCACUCACACGACAAUGCAACCACCAAGCUUUUCAAAAAUAUGGACGUUCAAUGACCACAAGUGACAUGAUUUCAGAAGUUGGGACUGCUUUUAACAAACUCUUUGAAACCUGAUACUACUGAAGCAGCUUCUUGGGAACGACUUGUGGUGCUGACAACUCGCUAGGAUGCACAUAAAGCACCUUCCCAGGUGCUGUAGCAGCAUGGCCAACAUGCUUUUGGAGUUGUUUUUUUUUUUCCUUUUUAGAGAAGAAAUCAUAAUAUUGUAGAUAUACUUUUUAAAAAAAUGUAUAGAAAAGAAAACUGCAAAAUGCAAUAAAAAUGAAGUGUCUGGAUUUAA